CAACGCUGGUAGGCCUUGCGGUUGUCAUGGUGAUUAUUGGUUCCCACAAUGCCCUGGGCCAGAGUUACCACUUCAGCAAUGGCUGGAACCCAGGCAAGAGAUCAUCAGUGUUAGAGGUCUGCCAUUUUAGGACAGAAGUACAGAAUCUAGUCUUCAAAUUAAUUGAGGAUGAGGUGAUGCGAAUGGUAACUGACCCAGCAUGUUAUAGUGGAGUGUCACCGCUCAGUGGAGUGUCACCACUCAGAAGUCUCUUGAAGAAAGAUAUUGAAUAUUCACCCAUAGAUGAAGAGAAAUGAUCGCCAUCAUGACAAAUGUUUGUCAUACCAGAUGUUCACAUUCAACGUACAACUCUAUGACUUAAAGUCUUACCAAAAAAGUGGACAAGUGUACUCAAAUCCAUCAAGACUAACAUUUCUGUUUGAAUCAUUAUGAACAACACCUUCAUAUUGAAUACCAUGACUAUAAAAACUAUUUUACAUAUCAGUUUUCUUGCAUCACUGUUAGAUUUUUAAUACCAGCAAGUUGUUCUGCUUAGAUUAACCGAAAAAUAUAUAGUAAGGUAGAACUUUAUAUGAUCCAAACAAUGUUUCAUUUUAUAACAAUUGAUUUCUGAUGUAAAAGAAAGAAAAUUAUGAAAUUAAACCAGUCACUGACUUGUAUAUGCUAGCAUAUAUAUCAGUAAACAUAAUGCUUUUUUU